GUUCGCGAACGGACGUAUUAUUCCUCCUCCUCGUGGGCUCUGGAGAACGCACUCGUCCUGAGCGUAAACACGAGCGACAGCAGAGAGAUAGAUAGAGAUAGAGAGAGAGAGAGGGAGAUAAAACGUGGGUGGUCUCGAGUUUUUCCCCAACGCGAAUGCGAGGACCCCCCACGAAUUUGCACGCGGCACGAACCACCUGUUCUCUCGUAGAGCAUUUUCUUCCGCGUCGAUCCUGGGGCGAGAACGCCACGGGGAGAAAAUCCUUGGGGGUUGACGCGCGACACACAACCUGCGAGUGCAUGCAUUGACCUCGUCGUCGACGGCUCACACGUCGCCGGCUCGCACCAUCAAGGUCGCCUCGCGAUCAAUGAACGUGGCGCUCGCCGCCACGUGACCGGACGGGACAGCGAAGACACACGCAUCCCGGUCGAGGAAUGCUCGUAGAAUCUCGUUUCAGGAUUCGGCUCGUCUCGACGCGUCGUGAAUUGUUUCCGUGAAAAAUUUCCGAACUGUCGUGGCCGAUAUAAACGGGUCAAUAUAGCAGCCCUGGACGUCGUCUUCGGGGCGAGCGAAAUCUGACGAUUAACUAUCUUCCCUUCUGGCGCGUCUGAGAUUUUUCUACGUUUUUUCAAAUCGAAGCCUCUCAUGAAAGACAGUUUCCUUCUCUUGACACGUGACUGCGGCGUGUUCGGGCACGAGAUUAGAACGAGGAACCGAUAAGUCUUUCCGCAAGAGCUCGUCGAUUUUUAAUUAAUGGACACUAAUUGUGCGAAAAUAUAGAGAUGUCAAAUCGUCCUCGUUCCGCGCUUUGUGUUGUGCGGAUCCUUUGAUACAUUUUCCGACUGUUAAAGAGUUCGUACGUGAAAAAGGGGGAAGACGGCAGUGGAAGGACGACUGUGACGUGCAGUGCAAUCUGUGUAAAGUAGACUCCGGGGACAGUGGGAAGGCAGUUGGAACGUGACGUGACGAGAGAGUUAUAGAGACCGAAAGAGUACGGACGCGGAAAAAAGAACUGUGGGAGAAAAGACCCUGGUUAAGCCUCCGAAGUGGGAAUUGUCGCGUCAGACACGUGAGACUGGUGAUUUAUCCCUACGUAACUGCGACUCCGACAAGGAGUAACCAUCGAGGUACAUGAACGAAGGACAUGAACUACUCGCAAGGGAAGGGACGGCUUUAUCCGGCCUACAGUCUAAGUGGCAGCGAGGGUGAAGAUAAUACCUCUAGUUUGCGUAGUCGCGCCUAUCCGCAAAAUAAUCAUCAAACCAACCAAUCGCACCAUAAUCAUUAUAACACCAGUCAGCAUAAGCAGCGCGUCUAUCAACAACAACAACAACAGCAACAUCCCCUGUAUCAUAUGCCCGGCAGUGGUGCCGGCCUCAGUGACACACCAACUUCCGGUAACGCAUCUGACGAAACUCUUACUGAUAGUGACCUUAUCACUGUCGCUCGUGAUUCUGCGCUGCUCGUUCAUAACGGUGAGUAA